GAAAAAAGGGCUGAAAGCAGGUAGAUAAAACAUUUACUCCUAAUGACUUACCUCCGACGGAGCAGACAAGCAACGCCAUGGACAUCGCAACAGCAAUUUUAAUAAUUGGCUUCGCUGCUCUCGUUGCAGCCUUCCUCCUUCUGGUAAUUGGACUUGUGUACUCGGAGCUGAUGAAUUCAGACAUUCCUCGUGGGGUUGCAAAUAGUGGGAAACUGCACAUGGUCCACGGCCUGUUUGUUGGCUUAGCAAUUGCGGGCCGGAUACUUCAUCGCCUGGGUAUUUGUCAUCAGGUCAACUUCAUCCGGUGGUUUGUGGCCUGUUUUCUGACUCGCCUGCGUCCGGUUCCAGCCGGCCUGCGAGUGAAGGACCUGAAGUUCUCCGAGGUCCCAGUGCGACUCUACCAACCCACCGCUGUGUGUGGCGGCUUGCGGAGAGGUCUGGUGUAUUUCCAUGGAGGAGGAUGGGUGUUGGGCAGUAUAGAUUCGGUUGAUGAAGUCUGUCGGCACAUCGCCAAGGAGUCCGAAACCACCGUGGUCUCUGUUGGGUACCGAUUAGCCCCUGAGCACAGGUACCCGGCCCAGCUCGACGACUGUGAGGCAGCGCUGUGUCACUUCCUGUCCGUGGCUGAGGCCGAGUUCGGCGUGGACGCUAACAGAGUGGCGGUCGGAGGGGACAGCACUGGCGCCAACAUGGCAGCAGCGCUGUGCCAAAGGCUGGCGAGGACACAGGUCGGACGUCUGCCGUUCCCUCGCGCUCAGGUCCUCGUCUACCCGACCCUGCAGAUGGCGGACUUCAACCUGCCCUCGUACCAGCAAAAUCACGCUGUGCCCGUAUUGUUCCGUGGCCGCGUGGCGUUCUACUUCCUGCAAUACCUCAAUGGCGACGUGUCUUUGUGCCAGGACUUGUUGGAAGGAAUCCAUGUUCCCACUGAGCUCAAGCCGAGCUAUAAGGAGUGGCUCUCCCCUUCCAACCUCCCACCCGAAUGUGUCGCGCGGGGCUUCACCGAGCGUCCAGCCGCGGAAUACGACGGCGAGGUGUAUCACGCAGUCAAAGCAGGUUUGGAACACGAGGUCUCCCCGCUACUGGCGGACGAUGCCGUCAUUCAGAAAACACCUCCCACCUUCAUCCUCACCUGCGAGUAUGACGUUCUGAGGGACGACGGGAUUCUCUACAGGAAGCGGCUGCUGGAUUUGAAAAAGGACGUCACCUGGCGACAUGUGGCGGACGGUUUUCACGGCAUGAUGAACUUUUUCAACCACAGCUGGCUCACGUUUCCCUCCGCGGCGUACGUGGUGGAUAGUGUUGUUGACUACAUGAGAACACUGUGAAG